GUUAAGGAAAUUUCAGAGCGCCUAACAGAAGCUGAAGAUGUAAAGAAUAUGACAGAUGCUUUUAUAUUUCAUGUUAUUUUAUUUUUUUUAUAUAUAAUAUACCGUGAUCGACCAUUGUGGCUCCGACUUUAUGAAUUUAUUUUAAUUUAUUUUCUACGCUUUUCGAUUUGUGUUGCCGAUACUUUUUAAGUAUAAGUUGUUUUUGAGCAAAAUCUCAAGACAGUGGUUCAUCUUUCUGUAGAGGGGUCUUGGUACAUAAAUGUGAGCAAAAAAAAGAGUUUGUUUAAUAUACAUCUUCUAGAAGAUGCGUGAUGAACUCAUUAAUUGAUGAUAACAAUAGUUAGUUAAUUAUAGAGUCCACUUUUUAGCUGAAAUGUGUUCUGGCCUUCAUCUAUUUUAAACGUAUGCGCCUAAACAAAUUUAAGAAUUGUUUUCUUUCCGUCUGUUAAAACGACUAUGUUUAAUCUCAAGGCAUUCAAGAUCUCGAAACUUGUAAAAAAAACACAUCAUGCAAUUUACCUGAAGGCAUAAUGUAUAACCUUGAGCUCGAAUCGCGGAUACCAGGUAUAUCAAAAUGACGAAAGACAUAAUUAGCUUAUAUGAAUGGUCACGAAAGACCUCUUAGAACAUUAGGUGAUAGUUUGAUUUGUCAAUUGUCGUGCUAAACAUGAACUCCUUAUUGACACUCCUGCUUUUCUAUUUCUUCUGUUUCUGUUCAGUUUCUGCUAUUCAAGUGUCUUCUAAAUUAGAUUUUGGACAAAAAGGCACUUAUAACGGGGAACCAUCUUUUGGCCAAAGGAGAGUUAAAACUCCAUCGGUUCCUCUUAUAGUUAAUCAACAAGAUAACGAAGGAGACAAGACCAUAAAACCACUGACAGUAGUAUGCCUUUCUACCGAAUGUAACCGAAAAGGUAAAACAACUGUUGUACGAAAUGUACCGAAACCUGACGUGGUAGUGCAAGUUAUAACUGACUCCGGAAAUAAAAAUACAAGUGAAAAAAGCUAUGUUGAAGUUCCGGAUGUGCCCGUUAUUCUCGGAACGAAGGGCGUUCCCUACAAUUCCAAUCCCAGGAAUAACGAAAACACAUACUCUCGUCAUUUAACAGACCAGCGUCCACCAGUGACAGAAAAAGUUUAUAUUCCUCUGUUUGGCUCCAGUGUACUAGAAGCUCCGACAACUAGAAGAUAUAGAAGCACUUCGUUUGAAGAUCUCUUUCCGUAUUACAAAACUCCAAGUUAUGAACAGACUCCUCGACACAUUGGGCAAACUUAUGUCCACACUGGUAUGAUUCGCAAUAAUGGAUUUCAACGCGUAAAUAACAGACACGAAGAAGGAAAUUUACCUGUAGUGACUGAAACUUUAAUAUGUACUUACCAAGAUGUUAAUCACGAAAAUCCAUAUCCAAUAAAUUAUAAUAACUGGAACAAUUUUAUUCGCAAACCGAUGAUUCACAAUUCUCCAAGGUACCGGCCACCAAAACCAAUAACUUGGAAUGUUUUCGAGAGUUCGAAUACAUUAAAUUACCAACAAAGAUCGAGUGAUUUGUCAAAAAGACUCGGUAUAGAUAAUAAACUUUUACCCUUAGAUUGACGGAAUGUUAUAUUAGUUGAUGAUGUGAUG